AUGGGUGAUUGGGCUCAACUUGCUCAGUCUGUGAUCAUAGGUUUGAUCUUCUCUUACCUUUUAGCGAAGCUGAUCUCGAUCGUCGUCACGUUUAAGGAAGACAAUCUCUCUCUUACUCGCCAGACCGAGCCCGAAUUGGAGACUAAACCGGAGGUUGACUCGCGACGCAUCGAUUCUUCUUCUACCGGAGGUUUCGGCGGAGGCGGCGAGGCGGAUUCGGUCGUCGCGGAGCAGGGCAGCUCCAGAGGCGAGAGCGUCGCCGGUGACACCGAGGGAGACGACGAAGACGAUGAUUGGGAAGGCGUCGAGAGCACGGAACUCGACGAGGCUUUCAGCGCCGCCACUCUCUUCAUAACUACCGCCGCCUCAGAUCGGCUGUCGCAGAAGGUACCAAGCGAUGUGCAGCAGCAGCUUUACGGAUUGUAUAAAAUCGCUACGGAAGGGCCUUGUACUGCUCCUCAGCCUUCAGCUCUCAAAAUGACUGCUCGUGCCAAGUGGCAAGCAUGGCAGAAACUGGGUGCUAUGCCCCCCGAAGAAGCGAUGGAGAAGUAUCUAGAGAUUGUCACUCAGCUAUAUCCGACUUGGUUAGACGGUGGCGUGAAAGCCGGAAUUCAGGGUAAGGAUGAUGCAGCAGCUUCCAACACGAGAGAAACCAUGGGGCCAGUUUUUAGCUCAUUGGUUUAUGAAGAGGAAUCCGAAAAUGAGUUGAAGAUUGAUGCCAUCCACGGAUUCGCUAGAGAAGGAGAAGUCGAGAACUUGCUGAAAAGCAUCGAAAGCGGCAUUCCUGUAAAUGCAAGGGACAGCGAAGGCCGCACGCCGUUGCACUGGGCUAUCGACCGUGGCCACCUCGACAUUGCUAAAGCUUUGGUCGAUAAGAACGCCGAUGUGAAUGCUAAGGACAACGAAGGCCAAACCCCUUUGCAUUACGCUGUUGUGUGCGACAGAGAAGCCAUCGCCAAGUUUCUGGUGGAGCAGAAAGCUAACACGGAAUCUACAGAUGAGGACGGAAAGUGCCCGCUCGAUCUCUGUGAAUCAGACUGGCCAUGGUUCCGAGAUUCCGCAAAGCAGACUGACUAA